AUGACAAGUUAUAUGGAUUUAUUAAUAGAAAAAAUAAAUGAACUACAAGAUAUUUGCAAUGAAACGAAUAUACAGAAUAAUAUAGAACUACCACAAAUAGUGGUUAUCGGCAGUCAAAGUUCAGGUAAGUCAAGUGUAUUAGAAAAUAUUAUUGGUCGAGAUAUUUUACCUAGAGGAACAGGAAUAGUUACAAAAAGACCUCUUGUUUUACAGUUGAUUUACAAUCGUUCAGAAGAUUAUGCAAUUUUUAAUCAUUUACCAAAAAAAAAGUUUUUUAAUUUUGAAGAAGUAAAAAAUGAAAUUUUAAAUGAGACACAGCGAAUUCUAAAAUCAAAAAACGAUGUUUCUAAUAUUCCAAUUACCCUUAAAUUUUAUUCAAGUAAAGUUUUGACACUAACCCUAGUAGAUUUGCCAGGUCUUGUAAGAGUACCGACAAAUAAUCAACCAAAGGAUAUUUGUUCAAAAAUAUAUGAAAUGUGUAAAAAAUAUGUGUCAAAUAAAAAUGCCUUAAUUUUAGCAGUAUCUGCAGCCAAUGCAGAUAUAUCGAAUUCUGAUGCAUUGCAACUAGCCAGAGAAGUUGAUCCUAGUUAUGAAAGAACUAUCGGCGUACUUACUAAAAUUGAUCUAAUGGACCAAGGAACAGACGUUAUUGAUAUAUUGGCAGGUAGGUUGAUUAAAUUAAAUCUUGGGUUUGUGCCCGUAGUAAACAGAGGACAGUCAGAUAUAGAUAAGAAAAAGGAUAUUAUGACUGCUUUAGUAGAUGAAAUGUCAUUUUUUGAGAAUCACCCGGCUUAUAAAAAGAAUAAGAAUUAUUGUGGUACAAAAUUUUUAGUAUCUAAACUUCAUACUAUUCUUCAUGAACACAUUAAAUACUGUUUACCUGAGUUACAAGAAAAUAUUAAUAGUUCAAUACUUGAAUUACAGAAAAGUUUAGAUGAUUUGGGAUGCGUAAAUUUAUCACCAAGAGAACAAUUAAUGAAAAUUAUUAAUGAUGUAUCAAAGAAGUUUAAUAAUACCUUAAAAGGCAACUUUGACUCUAAAAAUAAUGAACUAAUAGGUGGCGCAAGGAUUAAUUAUACAUUUAAUAGUCAUUUUGCAAGUUUUGUAAAUCUUAUAGAUCCUUUAGAAAAUUUUAAUGAUGAAGAAAUACGAGCUCUGCUCUACAAUUCUAAUGGAUCAUCAUCCAAUAUUUUAUUUUCGCACACUGCGUUUGAACAAUUAGCCAAAUCGUCGAUAAAAUUAUUAAAACCCCACUCCAUUAAAUUAAUAACGAUAAUUUUUAACGAAUUGGUGCGUAUAAUUAAUACAAUAGUAGGUUCUAGUGUAGUAUCAAGAUAUCCAGCAUUGAAUGAUAUGAUAUCUACAUCACUAAUAAAAAUGUUUAAAGAGAAUGCAGAAUCUACUACCAAGCUUGUUGAUUCAUUUAUAGAGUGGAAUAUUUCUUAUAUUACGACUAGACAUCCUGAUUUUUUGAGAUGGUCUGAUAUAAUGAUGAAUAAUUACGAAGGACACAAUAUUGAUUUAAUGAAAACUGAAAGGAUUGAUUUUUAUAAAGAUAUGGAUAAGAAAGUAACACUUGACUCUAUUCCUUCUGUACUAAAACUACACGGAAAAACGUCUUAUCAAGAAAGCGUAGAAAUAGGAAUUAUUAAAUCAAUGGUAGUUUCCUAUUUUGAUAUAAUAAAAAAGAUAGUAAUUGAUCAGGUACCUAAAGCUAUAAUGCACGAGCUUGUAAAUAAAUCAGAGAAUAAAAUUCAAGAGCGUUUGUUUCUCGAAAUUUACGAAAAACCCAAUUUAGACGAAGUGAUGUCAGAAUCUUCGGAGGUAGUUAAUAAAAGGGUAAAGUUAAAAACAACUAUUAAGGCACUUAAACAAGCGUAUGAUUUAAUAUGUUCGUUAUAA